AUGUGGGUGCCAAAGCAUCUCACCUUCAGCCUCUGGGACUACGGGGUGUUUGCACUGAUGCUGUUGGUGUCCACCGCGAUCGGGCUGUUCCAUGGCCUCGCCAGGGGCGGCCAGAAGACAUCAGAGGAUUUCUUCACGGGGGGCCGGCGCAUGUCAGCACUGCCCGUGGGGCUCUCACUCUCCGCCAGCUUUAUGUCAGCCAUCCAAGUGCUGGGGGUGCCGGCCGAGGCGCACCGCUAUGGAGCCAAGUUCCUCUGGAUGUGCCUGGGGCAGCUUCUCAACACGCUGCUCACCUUAAAGCUCUUCCUCCCUGUCUUCUACCGCUUGGGGCUCACCAGCACCUACGAGGUGGGCACGGGCAAGGUGGAGGGGCACAGGGAUGCAUCCAGCCCCCGGGAUGGACCCACCACUCUGCCUUCUCCUUGUCCCCAGUACCUGGAGCGGCGGAUGCUGUACACAGGGAUUGUCAUCUAUGCCCCGGCCCUGAUCCUUAACCAAGUGACCGGUCUGGACAUCUGGGCAUCCCUGCUCUCCACCGGAGUCAUCUGCACCUUCUACACAACCAUAGGUGGGAUGAAGGCUGUCAUCUGGACAGACGUCUUCCAGGUCUUCGUGAUGCUCUCUGGCUUCCUCGCCAUCAUCAUCCGGGGGGUACUGCUGGUGGGGGGCCCCACCAUGGUGCUGGCCAUUGCUGCCAAUGGCUCCAGGGUGAACCUGGCCGACUUCAACCCGGACCCGCGGAGCCGGUACACGGUGUGGACUUUCCUUUUGGGAGGCACGCUGGUCUGGCUCUCCAUGUAUGGUGUCAACCAGGCUCAGGUCCAGCGCUACGUGGCCUGCAGGACCGAGAGGGAGGCCAAGAUAGCACUGCUGGUCAAUCAAGUGGGGCUCUUCUGCAUCGUCUCCAGCGCGGUGGCCUGUGGCCUUGUGAUGUUUGCGCUCUACAAGGACUGCGAUCCUCUCCUCGCUGGCUACAUCUCGGCCCCCGACCAGUACAUGCCCUACUUGGUGCUUGACAUCUUCAAGACGUCCCCGGGGGUGCCGGGGCUGUUCCUGGCCUGUGCCUACAGUGGGACCCUGAGCACGGCUUCCACCAGCAUCAACGCCAUGGCCGCCGUCACCGUCGAGGACCUCAUCAAGCCCAAGCUGCCCACACUGGCACCACAGCGGCUGACCCUCAAGGGGCUGUCGGUCAUCUACGGCACCUCAUGCAUCACGGUGGCUGCUCUGGCCUCGCUGCUGGGGGGGGGUGUGCUGCAGGGCUCCUUCACUGUCAUGGGGGUGAUCAGUGGCCCUCUGCUGGGUGCCUUCAUCCUGGGCAUGUUCCUGCCCAUGUGCUCCACAGCUGGCGUGCUGGGGGGCCUGGCCAUCGGCCUGGCCCUCUCCUUGUGGGUGGCCGUGGGGGCCACCCUGUACCCCCCCAGUGCUGCCACCAUGGGAGUGCUGCCAGCCUCCGGAGCCCUGUGUCCCCUCUACAACCGCACCACCGGCACCAACCGCACCAUGCUGCUGGGACUGCUGCCCCCCCCCGAGGAACCCCCGGCGCUAGCACGUGGCGCCCCAGCCAUUGUGUAUGACUUCUACGCCAUCUCCUACCUGUACUAUGGGGCGCUGGGGACCCUCACCACAGUGGUGGCCGGGGUCCUGCUCAGCUCCGUGCCAGGGCCGAGCAAGAGGACGCAGCUGCCCCCAGGCGUGCUGUGGUGGGACAUCACAAAGCAGAAAUCCUCGGUGGCCCCCACGGGUGACAAGAUCCCGGGGGAACAGCCCCUGG